UUAUUUAACCAACUACCCCAUAAAAAUCUAUAUGGGAAUCCAGCAUAGAUUCCUAUGUGGGUUUCCACGACGUUUUCUGAUGGAUUCCCAUAAGAAUCCAGCAUAGACCCAGAUAUUAAUUCUCACAUGGGUUUCUAUGGGGGUCCGCACUAUGCUAAAUCCAUAUGGGAAUUUCGUAGAAAUUAGGAAUUAGGAAAAUUUAAAAAAAUCGUCACGUUAUCGAUACAAACCCCAUAAAAAGCGUAUGUAUUUAGUCAUACUACAUGGCGUUUUCAGAUGGGUUAUAUGGUUUCCUAUAGGAAUUUUUAUCUGUUCCUUUAUUCAUAUACGCGCCCCUGUCAAAAAAUCCAUAUGGGAUUGCAUGGGUAUCCAUAGAAAUAUUGUAGUGUAUGGAUUUAUAGUCCAUGGGUAUCUGGAUUCCCAUAUAAGAACUUGACAUACAAAUUUAGAUAAAUGGAUUUAUUUUUGGUAAACUCCCAUAGGAAUCUGGGUUUGUAUAUAAGUAAUUUCUAUAGAAUCCAGGGUAUUUUAAUUUCUAUGUCUAUCGUCUAUUGAUAUGCAUAUAUGAAUAAAAGAAGAUUAAUAUUCCUAUAGGAAACCAUAAAGAAAUUCAUCCGAAAACGGUAUGUGGGAAUCUAUAUAAAAAUUUAGGCUGGAUUUCCAUAAGGAUUUUAUUAAAACUAUUUUUAUUUUCUACAAAGAUGUAAUACUUCUUGAGUUAAUUAAUAAAUCAAUAAUUUUUUAAAAAUACUGAUAUAAAGAGCGUCAAUUAAUCUGUUAAUUGUCUAAUAUUAAGCCGCUCUCCAGUAGAUGAUAGACAUAAAAAUCCAGAUAUCUCGGAUUCUAUAAAAAUUUCCCAUAAAGAAACCGAUAUAUCCAAGUUCCCUAUGGGAAUCCAAGUAUCUAAAGUUGCCUUACGGGAAUCCAGGAACCCAUGACUUUCUACAUGGAUUCAUAUAUAAAUUCAUACACUUCUAUUUGAAUUCCUAUGGAUUCUUACAUAAUUUCAUACUUUCCUACAUAGAUUCUUAUGAGUUCCCAUGGAUUUUUCUGACAGGGUACCAAGUUAAUUUUUUUAGUAAUGAACUAAAAGUAAUAAAAAUUUAAUUUGACAGGAUCUAGGAUUGUGUGCUUUUAAGUAAAAGUGUCAAGUCGAUGCGCGAGAACCUGUAAAUAUUCUCAGGAUCAAGUAUUUCUUGCGCAUCAUGUCAUGUAUCAUGUUUGGUUACAUUGGUAGUUGUAUGCGUGGCAAUUAAAUUAAAUUGAUCAACAUCAUAACUGAUUCUGAUUUAAAUUCAGUCGCCUUGAGCGUUUGAUACCGUUAGCACCAACACGAGGAUUGCGCAAUUUAAAUUAUUCAAUUUUCCGCGUAAAAUAUAAAUUGAAAAAUAUAUUAAUUAGUAAAUAUAAAAAAUAUAUUUUUAUAUUUAAAUUUACUUGUGUAUAAAAAAUUAUAAAUUUGUAUUUCAUAUGAUUUAUAUUUGAAUUUUAUUACGGACAUGUGACCCUCAUGUUAAAUUUUUAAACUGAUGAAUCGUAAUUGAACGCUGACGCAAUGCGGUAGAAAUAAUGCGGACACACACCUUUAUUUAGUACUGAUACCACCUGUUGCGACAAUCAUUUUUUUUAGUUGAUAUUGUUACAGACACCUGUUAUUAAUUAAUUAUUAAUUAUCUGAUUUAUUACCACAUAAAUAAUAAAGAUGUCACUAUCAAAAGUUAAAUCUGCUUUGAUUAAAAUUCGUCCCUUAUUUUUCAAUUCUGUUGCUUAUGGAUCAUUUUAUACCGGCGCUGAAUUUUUGCAGCAGACAUACAAUAAUAAUCAGAAAGAAAAAGCUGCGGCAGCUUUGAAUAAAAACCAACCUGCUCAUACAAAUAGACUCUUUCCAGAUAAAUUCAAAUUAGAAGAUUAUAAUCUACCAGUUCUCCAGCGGUAUCUUACUUACGGAUACUUUCUCGCUGGACCAAUUCUCCAUGGAUGGUAUUCUUGGUUGGAUAAAAUGUUCACGGGAAAAACUCCUAAAAUAGUUGUUACUAAAUUAUUAUGCGAUCAAUUUGUACUGACACCUCCAUUAAUUGUUUUAUUUUUUACAAGUAUGAGUUUAAUGGAAGGAAAAAGUAAAGAAAAUCUUUUAGAUGAAUGCAAUGCCAAGUUUGUUAAAACAUUUGCGACGUCAUGCAUUUAUUGGUUACCGGUACAAUUCGUAAACUUUUUAGUUAUACCACCAGCAUUCCGCGUUUUGUAUGUAAGUGUGGCUUCAUUCUGCUGGGUGAAUAUUCUCUGUCACUUAAAACGUACGCCUGUACCUGCUCUUGAAUUAAAAACGUAAAUAAUAUGUUAAAUAAAUGUUUUAUUAUAUUUGUUAUAAGCCAUUGAAUAUAAAUAAUUAAUGUUUUUUUUAUGCACUAAAUAAAACAGUAUUUCAAUACUCUUAACAAUUGGCUUUUUUUUAUUAUUAAUUAUUUACUAUUUAAUUACACAAUAAUUUUUUUUGUUUUUUUGUUUUUACAGUAACAAUUAAAUCAUGCUCACAAAGAAGCAUUCACCGUCACAUUUUAAGUCUCUCUCUCUCGUCCUCUCAAUAUUUAAAACUUUUUUUUAUUAUAAUGUAAAAAACCCAAUUAUUGACAUUUAUUUAAUUAUAUUUACCCUGAUUAAAAACUCUGUUAUUAUGGAGACUUUUCGAGGUGACUCGUCUCUCCCCACUACCACUGGCUUAUUUUUCAAUAUUUUUUUACGAAAAUUUAGCAGAAUAUUCUUGGAAUGAUGCUUAAUAAUGUCACGAAAUUCAAAAAUUUUAAAAACGAAGGUACUCUGAAAAAAAAAAUCACAAAAAUGUUUUGUAUCUCAGACCUCUUUCCUCUCAUUCUGUUUAGAAUUCUCCAAUAAGAUUGUCGGAGUUUUUAAUCAGGGUAUUAAUAAAAUAUUAAAAAUAAUUAAUUAAAUCAGUAAAAGCAUAAGACGAGAAAUUAAAAAGUAUUUAAUUAUUAAUAUUAAAUAUAAUAAUAAAUAAAUUAUAAUAUCUAAUGUUCUUA